AUGGGGACGGGGGCGGUGGCGCCGGAGCGGCCGAAGCAGCGGCGGGGCGGGCACCUGUGGAAGCGGGCGGUGCUCCACUUCUCGCUCUGCUUCGUCAUGGGCUUCUUCACCGGCUUCGCGCCCUCCUCCUCCUCCUCCUGGAGGCCUGGCGGCGGGGGCGGCACGCCGCCGCCGAUUCUCGCGGCGGAGCAGCUCGCCGCGUCCCGCGUCGCGGGUAAUAGGGACCAGCAUAUCAGCCUGGCGCCGCCCUCGCCGGAGGGCGCGGCGGCGGCCGGCGGGGGCGGCGCGGUGGUGGACCUGGACGACGACGAGGAGAGCGGCCCGCGCCGGAUGCUGAUUGUGGUCACCACGACGCGGUCCGGGGCAGGGGAGCGGAGGCGCAGGCGGCCGGAGCUGCUGCGGCUCGCCCACACGCUGCGGCUGGUGCGCCCGCCGGUCGUCUGGGUGGUGGUGGAGCCGGCGGCCGACGCGCCCGCCACGGCCGAGGUGCUCCGGGGCACCGGGGUCAUGUACCGGCACCUGGCCUUCCGCCCCGAGGAGAACUUCACCACCGCCGCCGCCGAGGCCCACGCGCAGCGCAACGCCGCGCUCGCCCACGUCGAGAAGCACCGCCUCUCCGGCGUCGUCCACUUCGCCGACGCCGCCGGCGUCUACGACACCCACUUCUUCGAGGAGAUCCGCCAGAUCGAGGCGUUUGGCACAUGGCCGGUGGCAACGAUGUCCGCGGGCGAGAAGAAAGUAGUGGUUGAGGGCCCACUGUGCAGCGCCUCGAAGGUAGUCGGCUGGUUCUCGAGGAACUUCAAUGAUGGCACCACCCGUUCAGUGACAUAUAACACUGAGGUUGACUUGAAUCCUGCCGGUGCUGCUGGCACGCGAGCCCACACGAUCGAUGUAUCAGGGUUUGCGUUCAACAGUUCUAUUUUGUGGGACCCUGAGCGAUGGGGACGACCGACGUCAUUACCGGACACUUCACAGGAUUGGUUGCAGGACUCGAUCAAGUUUGUGCAAGAGGUGGUGCUGGAGGACAGGACAAAGCUGAAGGGGAUCCCCUCCGACUGCUCCCAGAUCAUGGUGUGGCAGUAUGAUGUGCCUAGUAGCCCCAACACCCCCAUAACCAAAACCAAAACCGCCACCCCGAAAACCCACCAUAGAAGAAGGUAG